AUGCUCGACAAAAUGAAUGCCAGCUUUAACCGAAGUCUCCCAAUUCAUUCUUUCGAGUUCCUAGCCUGCAACCUGGUGCAGCUUGCCAGCAUCGACCACUAUCAUCACGUACGCGCGUUCCGGAAGGAGAUUUUAACUAUCCUCGCCAUCUUCGGCGCUAUAAAAUUUGUCGAAUGGGCUCUCCGUACAUCCUACUUUUUCCACACAUACUGCCUUCAUCGCAGUAAGAUUCACCGCUACAACCACGUAUCCCCCGACGGUUCGGCCGCAUGGGCUCUAGUAACGGGAUCUUCUGGUGGAAUCGGAUACAAGAUUGUGCGUGAGCUCGCAAGAAAAGGGUUCAACGUUGUGCUGCAUGGCCGGGUCGAACAGGAUCUGUUAACCGCCAUGGUACAAGUACACGAGGAGUUUCCCGAGCGCAAUUUCAAAAUAAUCGUCGCAGACCCUACAGCCCUUGGAACGAAAGAGUUCUCGUACAGAAAGAGCUAUGGGGACUGGAAGCUGGAACGUAAACUUGACCUUGGGGCUAUAAAAAAAGACCUGUCCAAGCUUAACUUGACAGUCUUGGUCAAUUGUGCAGAUACAGAAGCCAAGCACACUGACCUUGGACGGAUCCUGGAUGAAAAUGAAAAGUCUAUCUGGAAACACAUCAACGUGGACGCCCUUUAUCCAAUACAACUCUUUCGCACACUUCUUCCAACACUAAUUGGUAACACCCCGUCUCUCAUCAUAAACGUCACCUCCCUAAGCGAUAAAGGCAUCCCACUCAAGAUCGCAACCUCGGCAAGCCGUUCAUUCCUUUCUAGAAUGACUCAAUCCUCGGCUCUGGAAAUGAAACUCGAGGGUUACGACGUUGAGGCCUUGUGCGUACGGGUGUCGCGAUGUAUGGGUCAAACGGACAGUACUCUUGCUAGAGCAAUCAUUGCGAGAGUUGGUAGUCGCCGGAGUGUUGUUGUCGGUCAUUGGUAUCAGUUUCUCUACAAAAGUCUGAUCGAUUUGCUUCCUGGAAGGCUGUGGGACUGGUGUAUCAUACACUAUAUUCGCGGGAUGACUGACAUCAAGUCCAAGGGAAGUUGA